AUGACCCAAUGCCAGACGCUCGAAGCCCGUCAACGUGCUCAUCAAAUUCUCACUGACAUUGCCGCCCUGGGUCGUAUCGCCUUCGUGACGGGUGCUGGCCAGGGCAUCGGGCGCGCCAUCGCGUGCCGACUCGCGCGGGAUGGCUACGACAUCUCCAUCGCAGACAUCCCUUCCGCGAAGUCGAAGGUGGACGAUACCAUCCAGGAGAUCGAGUCCUAUGGCCGGAAGGCAGUCGGUGUCUACGCUGACGUGAGGGAGGCAAAACAGAUCUAUGCUGCCGUUGAGGAGACCGUGGACAGGCUGGGGCCGAACCUCUUUGUCAAGCCUCUGAUAGAAUGCACGCCAGAGUUCGUUGAGAACGAAGUCCGGCUCAAUGUUCUCGGCCUCAUGAAUACGCACAUCGCUUCAGCGAAGCAGAUGGUGAAGCAAGGGUUCGGUGGACGAAUCCUCGGUGCAGGCUCAAUAGUGUCGUUCCGUACAAUGGAGAACCUUGCAACAUACAGCGCGACAAAGUUUGCGGUUCGUGGCUUCACGGAAGGCGCAGCUAAAGAAUGGGCGAAGUAUGGUAUCCGUGUCAAUGCCUACGGCCCUGGCAUCGUCGACACGCCUAUGUGGGAUCAAAUCGACAGGGUACUUGCAGAGAUUGAGGGCGUCAGCAUUGGCGAGGCCAAGGCGAAACGUGUGAAGGACUACAUCGCGCUCGGUCGUAUUCAAGAGCCUGAGGACGUAGCGAAACUCGUAUCAUUCCUUGCCUCAGAGGAAGCGGAGUACAUCACUGGGCAGACUAUCAAGACAUGUGGUGGUGCCUCGCUAUAA